UGUAUAAUUAUGUCUAGCAUGGUGUUAUUCCUCUAAGAAACAGUGAUCAACAAGCCAUUAUAUAUAGGAAAGCUAUGUUCUGGUGACCAGCAAUCUGGAAGAUAAGAACACCAAGAUACGAAGGGGAGGCAGAUCAUCUCCCCCAUCUUGCUGGCAUUGACCUAUCCUAUUCUUAUCCGUCAAUGGGGAGGCCACCUUGUAGUGAUGAUAAUGGCGUCAAGAAGGGCCCCUGGACAACUGAAGAAGAUGAGAAGCUCAUGAACUACAUUCAGAAGCAUGGCCAUGGAAGCUGGAGGGCCCUACCUAAACUUGCUGGCCUGAACAGGUGUGGUAAGAGCUGCAGGCUAAGAUGGACAAACUACCUAAAGCCAGACAUCAAGAGAGGGAAGUUCUCUCAGGAGGAAGAGCAAACCAUCCUUCAGCUACAUUCCAUCCUUGGAAACAAGUGGUCGGCUAUUGCGAAGCAUCUCCCUGGACGGACAGACAACGAGAUCAAGAACUUCUGGAACACUCACCUCAGGAAGAAGCUCAUCAAGAUGGGCAUUGAUCCGAUGACCCACCGCCCAAGAACAGACUUCUUCUCUGCACUCCCUCAGCUCAUUGCACUUGCCAACUUUCGCCAGUUCCUCGAGCAGCAACCUUUGGAUGACCAGACUGCUUGGCUGCAGUCUGAGGCAGUCCAGGCUGCCAAGCUCCAGUACAUGCAAUCUCUGCUUCACUCUGCAGCUUCCAUUGUCGCCAGCCCCACUACAACCAGCAGCAGCCUCAACCCUCUGACUACAGACCUGGAGCAGAUCAGCUUCCUGAGCCCUCCGCAGAUGCUUUCUCCAAGGGUACUGGAGGGUAUUGGUGGCACUGAAUUAGCUGGGCAGGCACCACAGAACCAAAUGCCUAGCAUUACCUAUGAUCACUCAAUUGGCAACAUCAAUGUGAAAAGCGAUGAGCAGCGCCACGGUGAGGGAGAGAACAUUAGCCAGAAAAGGAUGCUUCUGUCUGAAAACUCCCUUCCACCACUCGCUGACAUGCCGGCUUCCAACACUUGUGAUAUCAGCACCUCAAACUGCAACUGCAUCAUUAGUCCCUUGCCCAGUUGGUCAGAAAUCCUACUCGACGAAGAGCUCAUGAGUGAUUGCCUGAUGUAACCUGAAUGCAUAGCUUGAAUAGCCUUUGGCUUGCAUUUUCUGGAUUUUAGGCUUAUCCUUUACCACAUUUUACGUAUUUUGUUUUGCUUUUUGCAUGCACUUGUGGGCUCAGAUAGAAAUAGUAAACAAGCCUACACAUAUGGAGUGUAUACAUGUACAUAUAAGGUUUUUUUCUUUUUGCAGGACGUACAUCUAAGGCUACUGUUACAUAAAUAUCCCAUGCUUGGAUUGUUUUGCCUCUCUUU